UUUGCUGUGUAAUUUGUUUAUCUACGGCAGUUAUUUUUUCUAAUCAGUAGAUUUUAAUUUAUUAGACUUGACAGUUGGUCUUUUUCUGGUUGGCACCCAUAUGUGCGUUAUUACGGUAAAGGAAAAAAAAAAGGCAUUCUAACCAAUCAGUGCUCGUUGGCAAGCCGGCUGACCGGGCAGGUAUUUGUACGGCGACGUUUACGGGAAACCAGCUGCUACUUUUGGCUUCAAGGGGCUUCGAAACAGAAAAUAACUCGGUCGUAUAUUUGACGGUAACAUUGCACAUUCAACUCUACCCACGGAGUUGAAAUUGUGGGUUUUGCGAGAUGAGGGCCCUUACUUUGCAGCAGGCAAACCUGACCCCAGGAGUGCAGCAACAGCAGCAGCAGCAUGCAACAUGUGGGAGAAGUUUAACUUCAAACUAUUCUCCUCCAAGUCUGGAGAAUAAAUUCUUAGCUCAGACCUCUGUGAUGAUGCCCCAGCCUUCCUCCCCACUCACAGAUUUUGCAGCACAGCCUUCCUCUUGUCCCUCUCUCCAGCCCUCUAGACUAUCUUCCACCUCAUCCUCCCUUCUCUCCACCCCUUCUUUUGCAGCCUCCCUCACCUCUCCCCUCCUUAGCACCCAGAACAAGCUCCUAGCCAGUAAGUCACCUCAUCUCUCUUUAUCCUUAUCCUCCUCAGUCCCUAAUGACUCUUUGCUCUCCACUUCCCUGGCCAGUGGUUCUCUGCUCAAUCCCUUUGCUCAAACUUCUUCAUUCCUCCGUCAUGAUCUCAUGGGUGGAAAAGAGAAAAGAGGUGAUGGAGGAGAUCCAGAUGAUAAAUAUGAAAUAUGUGAAGUGAUCCCUUCCAAUUCUGAAGAACCAAGCAUGCAACUUCCUGAGGGCGAAAAUAGAGAGGCAGACGAGACUGAUGCUGAGAAAACCAUGGAGAUGCCUGCACUGGAAACAGAGUUUGUGGACCAGGAACUUGAACAAACUGCAGUUAUCAGACAGGAGGAAUUUGGAGAGGUCGAAAGAGGAAACGAGAUGGCUGAAGAGCUGAAAGACAAAAAGUAUUUCCUCCUGAACAUUGUGUGUUGCUCUCUGGUUAAUAAGAGCACAGCUCCAGGCCAGAAAGACUGGGACUCGGAGGACAGCGUUUGGACCAAAAUCAUAAACCUGGGGAAGGACAUUUCUGCCUACGACCCAGAGUUUCUUCUGAAGGUGGCAGUUUACGCUCGGCAGAAGCUAAACAUUCGCAUCACGGCAAACUUCUUAUUGGCUCUGGCUGCCAAUCUGCCGCCCACCAAGCCGCAUGUCCGCAGAUACUUCUGUGUUGCUGUACAGCUGCCCUCUGACUGGUUGGAAGUAGUCAGAAUCUAUAGUACAUGCUUCAGCCGCUCCCUGCCGAUGUGCCUGAAAAAGGCGAUGGCUGACAAGUUCAAGCAGUUCAACGAGUAUCAACUGGCCAAAUACAACACACGCAAGCACCGCUGCAAACACAACCGCAGCAAGCGCAAAAUAAAGAAGCCAACUGAUAGCCAGCUGAAGAAGUGGGCGGACCUACUCAGAUCAGAUGCAUCUAUUCUGAAGAAGUUUCUGCAGGUAGAGGGCUCCAAAGUCGUGGUGGAUAAAAAGCAGAGUGAGUUCAGUAUGAAGAAGCUGAUCAAGAGGCUUCACAUCAAAGAACCGGCUGAACACGUUAUGGCCAUUCUGGGUAAAAAGUAUCCCGCUGACAUGAAGACGUUUACACAUAGCGGAAUGAAGGGUGUGUGGGACAGGGAGCGAGCUGGGCAGCGAAUGAAGCUCAAGGAGCCGCAGACGUGGGAACGGCUGCUCAGUAUGGAGGGCAACAAGGCUGCCACCUGGGAGAAGCUCAUAGACACAAAGUCGCUUCCAUUUAUGGCCAUGCUGAGAAACCUGAGGAACAUGAUCACUGUGGGCAUCAGUGAGGCUCAUCACAAGAAGAUCAUCAGCAGACUGACCAAUGAGAAAGCAGUUAUUCAGAGUCGCCAGUUUCCUCUCAGAUUCCUCGCUGCCUACAAGGUCAUCAUGGAGCUCUACACUACAGCCUCUGCAGAACAGCAGGCACUACCCUCGGGCAAAAAGAUCCUGAUGGAUAUCCUGAAGAAGAUUCCCAAAAGUCGGCGCUUAAGCAACAUGACAUGGGAGAAGACUCCUAAGAGCAGGAUCAGGCUGACGCUCGGGGUGCCGUUUAUUUCUGGACUGUACAGCAUGAGGAAGGCACAGCUCAUAAAGGCCGUCCAGAGGAACUACACUGUUGCUCUGUUGGACCGUUACCGCAAAGCUCUGGAGACAGCCGUUCAGAUCUCCUGUCAUUACAACGUGCCUCCGCUUCCUGGACGAACGCUCAUCCUUCUCCCUUCGGACAUCUAUAAUAAUGAGUACUGGAACCAGAAGCAGGACUUCUGCCUGCCUCCUGACCCAGAGGAACAAGACAAUGAAGAGCAAGAGGCAGAAAUCCCAAAACGUAGACAGAGAUCGAAAACGAACGUUGAGGAGGUUAACAAAUUUGCUCAGACUAAGCUGGAGGUGGCAGCUUUGCUCGCUCUAAUGAUCUCCAGCAGCGCAGAGGAUUGUGAGCUUUAUAUAAGCCGUUACUGUCAGUGGGAAGAAGUGAAGCUGAAGUCUGAUGUCCUUUUGGAGAAUGUCAGAAGUGUGAUCAAGCAAAUAAAGAAUCCUCCCACAAGCCCUGGUGGAGAAGAAGACAUCAGUCACUUUCACAGAGUGUUGAACAAGGCCAACAAGGUGAGCAACAUCAUCGUGCUGUCUGACUCGUGGGUUAACAGCGACAUCUUGUGGGCUGUCAGGAACUACAAAAGGGAAGUAAACAGCAAUGCACUUGUAGUGUACAUCUUCUUAUCAGAAAGUGGAUCCUCAGAAGACACCCCUGACAGAAACCAUGUGGUACUGACAGGCUUCAGUGAGCAGAUUCUGAGGUUUGUGGCAGAGAGAGGAUCUUCCAGGCUGCUCGAUCAUGUGGAGCAUUUGGACAAGCUGUAUAACAUCCCUCCACCAGAGGGAGCGAAAUGCCCUCAGACCACAAGCAAUGUUGUAUCAAUUCCAGCAAGCCCAAAAUUAAGGUGGCAAGGUGUGCGGGUGUUCAUCUCCUCCACCUUCAGGGACAUGCACUCUGAGCGUGACAUCCUGGUGCGGAGCGUCUUCCCAGAGCUCCGCCGACGCGCUGCACCGCACUGCCUCUAUCUGCAGGAGGUGGAAUUGCGCUGGGGUGUGACCGAGGAAGAGUCAGAGCGGGCGGCUGAGUUGUGCCUGUCCGAGGUGUGUCGCAGCCAGAUGCUGGUGGGAAUCCUGGGGGAGAGGUACGGCCAGGUGCCUCCCAAACCUGACCUACCAGACCUCCCGCAGUACAGCUGGCUGGCCUCAGCCCCAGCAGGUCUGUCCAUCACAGAGAUGGAGCUCCGUCAGUUCCAGGCUCUUUAUCCCGACGUGGUGCAACAGAGAAUGUUCUGCUACUUCAGAGAUCCAAACAUCAUCAGAUCAGUUCCUGUGGCUUGGAGGUCAGAUUUUUCUCCUGAAUCAAAGGAUUCUGAGCAUAAAAUGGCCUCACUGAAGAGAAGACUCUUGGCCAGUGAUGUCAAGGUCACUGAAAAUUAUUCAUGUGAGUGGGGAGGCGUUGUUGAUGGAAAACCAUAUCUGAAAAACCUGGAGGACUUUGGUAAGGGCGUACUGGAGGACCUUUGGAUGGCUGUCAAGAAGCUGUUUAUCGACGAGAGUGAGGAGGCUGAGGAGGCUGAGGUUGCAUCAGAGAUGCUCGAACAGGAGGUCCACCAGGGGGCGAUGCAGAGGCAGUUUUUCGGCAGGUCAAAGCUCUUGUGUAGUGCUGUGGAUUUGGUGGAGCAGGCCCGGACCAAGGGAGGGAUGAUUGUGGUGGAGGGAGGACCUGGAGAGGGUAAAACUGUCUUCAUGGCCGCUCUAGCCGACGCCCUCAGGACUGGAGUUAAGUCCAGGAAAAGCCUCGUCUACGAUGUCAUCUCUUAUUCUACAGCCGCCAGCCAGUCGGCGCACUCUGUGGAAAACCUGCUUCGAUGCCUCGUUAAGUGGCUGAGAAAGAUGAAGGGAACAGAGGAGGAAUCACCCCUUCCUCACUCAUAUAAAGAUUUGCUGUCAGAGUUUCACUCCACACUGAGUAAUAUGAAGAGCACCAAACCUCUCGUGCUGCUAGUUGAUGGGGUGGAUAUUGUCCAAGAUGGCAGAGGUCAGAUCAGCUCUGAUUGGAUCCCACAGCAGGUUUCACAGGGUGUCUGCUUGGUGGUGAGCAUCACGUCCAAAACAGCUCUGUCACAAACACUAGCCAAGAAAAAAGGGGCGGUUCUGUUUACACUGGGACAGCUUACCAUGCUGGACCGAAAGGAGAUAGUUCAGAAGGAACUGGACGCAUUUGGGAAGAAACUUAGUGAGUCUGCUUUCAACAACCAGCUCCAGACACUAAUAUCAAAGAAGGGAGCAAUCAGUCCUCUUUACCUGCACAUGGCCUGUGACGACCUGAGGAACUUUGCCUCUUUUGACAAGUUGAAAGAUAGCCUGCAGGACUUGCCGCAGUCUCUGAGCCAGCUGGUGCAGUACAGCCUAGAGAGACUCUGCUCGCAGUACAGAGGCAUGCUGGGACUCCGCUGGGCCCUGGCUGCACUCACCAUUAGCACCACAGGCCUGAAGGAGAGAGAUUUGUACUCUGUGCUGAACACAUGCAAUGAUUUGUCCUCGUGCGACGGACAGGUCACAUGGCAGGAAGUGCUGCAGCUGUCCAGAAAGCCCAAAGGACGCAUUCCUAUGGCAACCUUCACCCGCAUAGUGCAGAGUUUACAGAGUCUGAUUGGUCCGUCUCAUUGCCAUGACACUGACGAUGUGCUGGCUCUAACCAAUCCAGAGGUGAAGCGAGCCUUUGAGGACUUUCUGCUCCCAGCAGAAAGUGACAGAACCAGAGCUCACCUUGUGUUGGCAGCUCAUCUGUGGACACUGGCUGACCCUCAGGGACGAGAUACCUUCCUUCACUGUGAGGCCAACUCUGUCAUGCACCUGCCUUCCAGCCUGAUUCAAAGCGGGCAGCUGGAUGCACUUUAUUUCCUGCUUUCCAGCUAUUAUUUCCUUUAUGCUAAUGUACGCCACGGCUUCCUGCACCACCUCCUGGAGAUGUACAGCUUGUAUGAUAAGAAGCAAGUGUCUGCACCCUCAUUUGAAUUCCAGGGUGAUUUAGAGGAUUGCCAUCGUUUCUUGCAGCGCCAUGCCUCCACACUCUCCUCCUGGCCAGCUCUUUUCAUUCAGCAGGCCCUCAGUGAGCCUUUGGAGACCUCUGCCCACAUUUGGGCCAAAGGGAUGGUGGGAAAAGGAGGAGUCCGGGUAAUUGAGUGCCUGAACAAAGACGGCAAUAAGAUUGGUCAAGGAAUGAGUGAGCUGCUGUCGACCUUCCCCUCUGAACCGACCUCUCUGGUUAUGAGCCCGGAUAACCAGAUGAUGGUGGUUGGUACCAAACAGGGAACUCUGCAUUUCAUCCACAUGCAGACCGGACAGGAGGUGAAGUCUCUGAUGAGCAGCUGUGACGGCAUCUCGAGCUGUGUCUUUCUGAAGGAUGGACAUCUUGCUACCACGUCCUUUGAUGGGCAAAUUGAAGUGUGGGACACUGGAAAUGGAUGCAGGACUGCUCUUAUUGAUGGCCACACUAAUACGAUCACAGCAAGCGAUGUCACUGCAGACAAGAAGUACCUCGCCACUGUUUCCCUUGACUUCAUGCUGAAAGUGUGGUCUUCUAAUAAAGGUAAUGAAGUGGCCUCCAUGCUCGUUAGAUGCCCUAUGAACUGUGUGACCUUUGACCCUGAGGGUCACCUGCUGGCUGCUGGCUGCUGGAAUGGAAAUGUGAUCAUGUGGAACUGGCUCCAGAAUAAAAAAUUAACAUCCCUGUGCGGUCACACGCGAUCAGUGCACAGUCUCUCUUUCUCUCCCCACUCCUCCAUGCUCUGCUCUGGCUCUGUGUCCGGGGAGGUGAGGGUGUGGUCAGUGCCCACCUCCACCUGCGUGGGAUGUUUCCAGGCUCACUGUGGAGCCACCGAGGCCCUCACCUUCUUGGAGGAAGGAUCCAUGCUUCUGAGCGCCGGCUCCGAUCACACGCUCCAGCUCUGGUCUGGGGGACUUGGACGUUCUGUCACUGUAUUAAAAAGUGAAGAGUGGGAGCAGGAACCUCCUCAGAAGAAACUAAAGGGUGUAACAUCAGAGCCUCCUGCUCUGUGUGUGGCUGUGAACGGAGACCAUGCUGCUGUGGGAUACCACGGUGACGGCAUCAAACUCUUCAGUCUCGGCUCAGGUGAGAAGAUUUGGGCCUCUAGGGACCUGGACGUGUCUGUAUCGUGCAUGCUGUGGGUGACUUUGGAAGUGGAGCAGAUCGAGGCUGAGCUGCUGGUGUCUGGAGGAAGUGACAAAUGUCUGCGGGUGUGGAAGAGAAAACAAGAUGAGGAGGGAGUGAUGGAAGGCCUGGAAAUGACGAGUGUGUUUGGGGUGCAAUCGGGCACCAUCUUGGCACUAGCCCAAAACUCCACGUACCUGGCUACAGCUUCAGAUGACUUCACCAUUGGGCUGUGGUUACUGACUGAUCUGGCCCAUGACGCUCCGAUCCAGCCAAAUUCUAUAGUGAGGGGCCACAGUGGAGGAGUCACAUGUCUGGCUUUCAGUCCAGAUGGCGCACAGCUACUGUCUGGUGGAAAAGAUCAAGCUCUGAUGGUGUGGGAUGUGAGUUCAUCUCCUGCUGUUCUUUCUAAAGCUUUGCCUCAUGCUCACAGAGACUGGAUCACAGGCUGCGUUUGGACUCCAGACUGUGUGAUAAGCUCUUCAAAUGAUGGUAGACUGUGUUUGUGGGACCUUAAGGCUGGUCAGUGUCUGAGAGAAAUCUCCUGGACAAGCCCGCUUACCUCUGUGUGCUGUCUGGGGCAGCAUGUGAUAGCCAGCUGUGCAGAGGGGGCACUGCAUGUCUGGAAGUGGGAAACAAACACUGAAAUCUGCCAUAUUUCUUCCCACAUGAAGCGCAUACACCACUGCUCUCUCCUCCCACAUACAGAUGGUGAGAAGGAAGCCAAGUCAGAAGAGAUGUCAGUUUUCACAGCGUCUGAUGAUGGCACAGUGAGGCUCUGGAAACCCUUACAGGUGGAGCACAUUAGCACCUUCCAGGGUCACAGCGGUGCGAUUCAAGGAGUCGUUUGCAAGCAGAGAGUCCCACAGUUCCUCACUGUUUCUGAGGACGGCUCCCUGCGAUGCUGGACGUGGACAACAGAGAUUCCUCCAAACCUGAAAGGCUCUGUCACGGCUUUGCACUUCUGUCAGAAAGACGACGUGCUCCUCGCCGGGUAUGAAUCCGGUCUGCUCGAGUUGUGGCAAAACAGCACAGUGGUUGGCCACAUGCAGGCUUCAGAAGGCCCCAUCGCAGCGGUCUGCUCCAUGCCUGAUAGUCGGAUCGCUGUGGCUUUUAUAAACAAUAUUGUUAUUGAUGUGUGGAAGCUGGUGUGGAAUAAACAACACAAUGCAGCAAGCCUGGUGAAGGUAACCAACUACAAAGUCAAACAACCAGUGACGCGCCUCUUCUACUGCACUACCCUGAUUGGGGUGACCAAAACUGGAGAAAUGUUUGACGUGGCAAAGAUGCACACAGAUGACAUCUGGCUACCUACAGUCAAUAAUUGGCUCCAAGGCCCUUAUGUUCUCGGGGUCAUCCACAAUGAUGUGAAAAGCGUGUGGCUGGUGGGCGAAUCAAACGGAGAAGUUCACAUGGGUUUCUUUUUCAUCAUGGGUUCUGAAGAAUACCUCUCAUCAGGUUUCUGCUCAAAGAACAUAAUUUGCAGCGAGCAGGUGGAGGAGAACAAGAAGAGAAGCCUGAUAACAUCUGUGAUAGUGGACAAAGAGUUUGUUGUGUGUGGAGAUGCAGAGGGCAACAUGUGGUUCAAUCGUCCUCCGGAGGUGUCCUCGUGGAGCAACAGAAAGCCUGCUCACAGUGACAGGAUCAGUGUGCUGAGACUCACCGACAGCACCAUCAUCUCAGCCUCUUAUGACCGGACGGUGAAGCUGUGGGACAGAAACACUAAGAAACAGGUGGGCAUGUUUGUGUGUGGAGGUCCUGUUCUGAUUCUGGAGGUGAAUCCACAAAGACCCACCGAGCUGGUCUGCAGUGACGGAAGGGGAAAUCUCUACUUCCUCUCUUGGAGAGAGUAAUUCUGUCUAUAUUACAUACUAAAUUGAAGGAGUCCAGGGUAUUUUGUUGUAAAUAACAGCACUAACCAAAGAUGGUCUAUGUUGACAUGACCCUUUGAUUUAGAUGAAGGAGAAAACAAAUAUAACAAAGGGCAAAAAAAAUAAGGUGUCAGAUGUUAUAAGUUUAAGUUUGUGAAAGAUUAGUGAUCUUUUUACUUUAGGGUUAAGGUUUUAAAUUCAAGCAGAAUAUGAAAAUAUAAAAGGAAAAAUAAAUAUAAAACUUUUGAAGAGGAGAAAUUGGUGCGGAUUUUAUAUGUAUAUUUACAGGGUUUGCUCUGACAAUCCAGUGAAUGUAAUAGAGGUAACAGAUGAUUGUUUGGGAGUUUGUGUCAUUAUUUGCAUGUCGACUUACCCAUAAACAGGGAUUUUAUUUUAAAUCACCAUUUAAUGGAAAUUCUGGGAGAGAUCUUGAUUAUCUGUGUGAAGCUGUAUGCACAGGUCAUCCUGCAUUAUCUUUGCAACUCUAACUGUACUGAACUGCUUCAAUGUUGGCAGUCGGCUAUAAUAAAGUGCAAUAAAAAUAUGCUGAAUAAAUAAUACAU